AUGGAUAGGCCUGUGAAAGCAAAGCCCAAACUCUCCGCCUCUCGGAGACUGUUCCUGAAGACCAAACUGCUGAAGAAGGCUGUGACUAUGCUGGAGACUGAAAAGCAAUUCAAAAAAGAUGAAAGAGAGAGAAUCCUUUCAGAGAGACUCCCAGGCCUCCAGCUGUCAGGCCUGUCUCAACAGGAUCUACAGACUAUUUGCAAAGAAUUACACAACAAAAUUGACGUGGUUGAUGAAGAGCGCUACGACAUUAAUUCAAAAGUGUCGAAACACAGCACAGAGAUUACGGACCUGUCACAGAAGAUCUUUGAGCUGAAGGGCAAGAUGAAGAGACCAAACCUGAAGAGGGUCCGCGUGUCUGCUGACGCCAUGCUGGGGGCGCUGCUGGGCUGCAAGGUCAAGGAGUCGGUGGACUUCAAGGCCAACCUCAAGACUGUGAAGAAGGAGGAAGAGAAGAAAGAGGAGGUGACCGACUGGCGUAAGAACGUGGACGCCAUGUCUGGUAUGGAGGGCAGGAAGAAGCUGUUUAAUGCUGGACAGUAG